UCAAUCCAAAUUCCCGCAAUUUGCUUACUUGAUUAAUGUUGGAUUUCAUCUCUUUUUUACUUUUCCAUAAUUACCCUCUUUAAUCCAUCCUCAUCUUCUCAACUAAACCCAAGCCAAUCCCUUCCUUUAUAUACCUUCGCAUUUUUCUAUUUUUAUUAUUUUAUUUUUCCCAAACCCAAACGCCUCUCCCUCUCUCUCUCUCUCUCUCUGUUCUGUUGGAGUAACGUGCUGCAUUCCGAGCUCCAACGCCGUCGUUUUCUGCUGGAGAGACCAAUGGCGGCUCCUCAGACGCCCGUGACGACGCCUCCGGCGUCCUUAUACGUCGGCGACCUCCAUCCUGACGUCACCGAUGACCACCUCUACGACGUCUUCUCCGAGUUCAAGAGCCUCGACUCCGUCCGCGUCUGCCGCGACUCCUCCACCGGCCGCUCACUCUGCUACGGUUACGUCAACUUCAUUUCUCCUCAGGAUGCUGUACAAGCUAUUGAGGUAAAAAACCACUCAACUCUGAAUGGAAAAGUGAUAAGGGUUAGUUGGUCUCGACGCGAUCCUGAUAUUAGAAGAAGUGGAGUAGGGAAUGUAUUCAUUAAGAAUUUAAGUGAUGUUAUCGACAAUACAAAGCUGCAAGAAAUGUUUCUGAGGUUUGGAAAUAUUUUAUCUUGUAAAGUUGCCAUGUCUGAUGAUGGAAAAAGCAAAGGAUAUGGCUUUGUCCAGUUUGAGUCUGAGGAUUCUGCUAUUGCUUCUAUUGAGCAGCUCAAUGGCUCUCUUGUUGAGGGAAAGCAGCUUUAUGUAGGCAAGUUUAUCAAAAAGAGUGAGCGCAUUUUACUAAGUCCCGAUGCUAAGUACACCAAUCUUUACAUAAAGAACUUGGAUCAUGACAUCACAGUGGAGCAUCUCACGGAGAAGUUUUCUGAAUUUGGGAAAAUUGCGAGCUUGGCCAUCUCAAAAGAUGUGAAUGGAGCUUCAAAAGGUUUUGGAUUUGUUUGCUUUGAGAAUCCAGAUGAUGCAAAGCAAGCACAAGAAGCUAUGGAUGGAACACAACUUGGGUCGAAGAAGCUUUAUGUUGCUAGGGCACAAAAGAAAGCAGAGCGUGAACAGAUCCUGCAGCAUCAGUUUGAUGUGAAAAGGAAAGAACAAAUAAUGAAAUUCCAGGCUUCAAAUGUGUAUCUCAAGAAUAUUGAUGAUGAUAUCACAGAAGAUGAGCUGCGGGAACUUUUUAGCCAAUGUGGCUCAAUUACUUCUGCAAAACUUAUGCGAGAUGAUAAAGGAAUGAGUAAGGGCUUUGGAUUUGUUUGCUUCUCCACACCUGAGGCAGCCGUUAAAGCUGUUGCUACUCUCCAUGGAUUUAUGUUCCACCGAAAGCCUUUAUAUGUGUCAUUUGCUCAGAGGAAAGAGGAAAGGCAAGCACAGUUACAGCUACAGUAUGCACAAUGUAUGACUGGACUGCAAGGAUCUUCAGCUAUUUUCCCUGGCAGAUAUCCGCCUAUUUACUACCCACCACAUGGUAUUGUUCCACCAGUAUCAGUAAGACCCGGUUUGGUGUAUCAGCCUCUAGGUAUGAGGCCAAGUUGGAGAGCUAAGGGCUUUUUUCCCAAUGCUACUAGACAACAUAGACAGAACAGGGGAAGGGUGCAGGGAAAUAUCCCUGCUCAAUAUUCAGCGCACAUGCAGCCAACUCAAUCAGUGGCUUUAGGGAAAGAAUCUGUCAACCAGCAGCGUGUUGGGCAGGGGAAAUAUGUUUCUAGUGGUUCAUUGCAUGACAUGAACAAGGCAUCUACCGCGUCAACUGCUGUGGCCAUUCCAGAUGGAUCUGGUGCUGAAGGACCAGAAAUGUUGAGUAGUUUGCUUGCUGCAGCUUCUCCUGAGCAGCAGAAACAAAUACUUGGAGAACGCCUUUAUCCACUUGUCAGUGAACGCAAGCCUGAUCUUGCUGCAAAGAUUACGGGAAUGCUGUUAGAGAUGGACAACUCGGAGCUCCUCCUCCUGUUAGAGUCACCAGAAUCACUGGCAGCCAAGGUGGAAGAAGCUCUGCAGGUGCUCAAUCUCUCUAAGGCUAAAAUAUCCACUCCGGAUGCCAUUCAUCCUAAUUAUAUUUCUGCCGAGGUUGCUGUCAAUUGAGAAAAGUCUUUUUGUCUUUUUCUUUUAUUCAAACAUAGAGAUUUUGCCAGGCUAGAGAUACCAUGCGGCAUUUAUCUCAUUUCAGUCCUUUCAAACUGUAGACUAUUUCUGUUUCAGCAACUUCGCUAACUUCUCGAUUUAGAAUUUUACUUUAGUUUCAACAAAGUCUCUUACUCGCUUAAUUA